ACAGUACAGGACUUUAACCUUCUUUUCUGUCUGGCUUUUCAAAGUCUGGACAAUAGGCAGUAGCAGAAAUCAUAAUAAGAGCAAUAUUAAGACAGCAGUGUAAAAAUAAUACUAUAUUACAUUUAAAAACUCAUUAUAAUACACACGCGCGCAAGUAAGGAGUGGGGGCCACUCAACUAUUCCGCAUGACAACACUACGAAGCGUCAACGUGCACACCGAGUUUUAAUAAUAAUCUGUGUACCGCACCCACAGACUGCUAAUCGAUUAAUAAUAAAUGCAAAAUUUAUAAAGCGCAUAUACUCACACUCCUAUUAAGGAGUAUAUGCUCUUAACAUGGACAGAUACGAGGUACAGAAAACAACAUAUGAACUAAAAAGAAUAAACAACAGUACUAACAAAGAAUAAAAUUAAAAAACAGAAAACACAAUAACAGGAACCAAGAAUAAGGUUAGUCAAUGACCGCACCUUAAUUUAUCGUGUUUCGAGGCGGCACCUGGUUUUGCUUUGCUUUUUUCUUCUGCUGUUAGGCAGUUGUGUUGAGACUGACAGAUAUAGAUUUUCCUCUCAAAUAACACAUGAAUAUGUUGACAAAGACGGGUCAGUGUUAUGUAGUACUACUGCAGAACAUGCAGUGCGUUUCGAGUUGUAACCGUACUGUUUCAUGAGCUACGAAUACCUCGACCGCUUGUUCAACAUCCAGAAAUUGUUCACAAACUACAGACGACAGUACUGCUAGUCUAAGAAAUCUUUGAGCAAGGAAGGAGAAUACUGAGGAAACAUAUGAAGAACAAACUGAAAGAUAGCCUGGGUCAAAGUUUAAAUUUCACAUGAUGUUACUGCAGCUGCUACUGCUGUUGCAUCUACUGCACUAUAUAGGCCCAAGAUGCCAUGGAUGGGAAGUAAAGAAAGUAAUCAUGGACAACAAGGAAGUGUGUUCAAAGGUGGGCAACAUUUAUUGGGUGUCAGAAGAACGCUCAUUUCUCAUCGUGGGUCGUGGAAAAAUGAAUUCAGAGUAUAUGUUGGACUGUGCCAUUGUUGUAGGAGCUAGCACAGAUCAACCCAGUGUUCUUCAACUUAAAUUUGAUGCAGUUUAUAUUGAGGAUUGUGGUGUCACCAUCUCCAUCAACCAGUCUUCAGUCUCUGAUUUUACAGAUAACAACACUGAAAUGCUGAAGCUGAAGUGCAAUCAAGGGCAGGUGAAAAUGCUCCAUGCUAAAGAGAAGCACUAUGUGAAGAUAAGCGUACAUAGAGCCAACGAAAACCUUGCACGGUACAACUUUAGGAUCAAUGUUUCACUGGCAGAAGCACCUUCCAACGUGGGACUAGAGAAGCAUGUAGUGAUCAUAGUGGGUGUUGUGGUGGUGCUGGUGGUAUGUGCUCUUCUGUAUGUCCUUGUGAGAUAUCUGCUACAUCUGGUAAGGAAGUCCCAUGAGCGCCGUGCUCAGCAGAACAUGGAGCGUGCCAUUCACCUCUAUAAUAGCCAGGAGUCACAGCCAGAAUCAGAUUACAUGUACACAGCAUUGCCACAUGCUGAUUUCACUCACUCCAGGGGACAGCAUAACAACCAUCAUAAUGGAGUUAGGACAGCUGGUCCAAGACCAGGUAGGCACCACAGUGGGGACAUUACCUUUGUUCAUGCAAAUGGUCACAUGGAGACAUUCAGAAUACAAAACACUCCUUCUGCCAGGGUGUCUAGGGGUGCAUUAGAUGCAAAGAAUUCUGUGGUGAAAAGAGGAGCUUCAUCUCAUCAGACUGAAGGGGCUACAAUCCUUUCAGAAAAUGGCCACAUUGCAGAAGACUUUGGUGAGUGCCCCCCUUCAUACGAAGAAGCUCUGCGUAUGCCUGCUGCAAGAGAUACAUUGGCAGUCUAUGUCAAUAUUGAGGAGAAACCAAGUGACCGUGACACUUGAGAAAAAGGAGAGAGAAAGAAAUUUGGAGGGGUGGGUGGAGAGAGAGUAUAUAUUGGUGUGCAAUUGUAGGUGGAUUCAGGCUCAUCUACUUUGAUAGAAACUAAUAGGAGUUGCUCAAACUCCAAAGUUGCCAAAACUUGCAGGAUCUCUUAGUUACAUUUGCUUGCUGAGCAGGUGUGUACCACUCCAGUGUAAUUUCUGAGCAGUCAUACAAUUUUGUACAAAGGACAAGGCAAUGCUCAUUAAAAGAACAAGCAAGUGCAAGAGAAACAUCUUGAAAGGGUAAGUUGGUACACAGAGUUGUUUUUAGCCAUUUUUACACAAUAUCAUGCACAUGGUAAAAUGUGCACAUCCCUUAGCUAGGUUUACUAUUGGUGAUAUGUAUUACAAUAAUUAUCAAGGGAAGUGUGUGUGUUGUAGGGGGGAGGUGGUACAAAGGGGAUUUCUGCUCUUACAGUGAUUAAUUAACUUAACAAGACCAAAGAAUACACUGUAGCUGAGCUAGUAUGAGAUGCCAUCUUGAUAGUUGAUGCCAAGUUGAGCAAAUAACUAUUCUAUGAUGUAUUUGUCAUGGUUCGCAUUACAUUGAUUUUUAAUGACUUCAAGCAGUAGGGUUCUAGCUUGUGAAAAAAAGACAGCUGUAAACAUUUGAUCAGCAUCUUUAUAUAUUCUGGAAAGCUGGACUACCAAGACGUCACCUGAUAAUAUCAUAACCUUUUAAAAAUGUGUCAUGCUGAACUCCUCUUUUGGUUUGUGGACACUUCUGCGCUGAGGGCAGUAUUACAUAAAUGGGCAAUUGGGUAAAUUUCAAAGGCACUUAUGACAGGAUUUUCUUGACUCUCUUGAACCUUACCCAGUUAAUGACUGUUUAAUGGUGUACUGCUUUCAGUAGUGCUGGCUGGUUUUUACCUUGCAUGAAUAAUUGCUAGAAAUGGUAUAAAGAAAGGUAAAUGUAAAUGUUAAUUUCAGAUAAUGUACACAGUAAAAGUGGAGAUAUGACUCUCCUGGAUAAUACUGUUUUAUAAAAUGUGAUACAUUUCCUUGCAGAAUGAGCUUUAUUAGCUAUUAUGCAUAAACAUGGAUGUUUCCACUUAUACAAAAGUGCAUAUUUUUAUGUGUGUGUCCAAGAUAUAUCAUUCACAUUGAUAUUUUUAGCUUAGGGUACUAAAUGCUGUGAUCCAAGUCAAAAUCUAGAAAGUAAAUCUUGCCAUAUUCAUGAUUUUGCACAUAGCACAUAUUUGCACAGUAGUGUUUUUAUUGUUGUUUAUCAUUGUUUUCUUUCUGUGCACUAAAUGCACAUGUUCUUUUACAAUUUCCUUGAAAGGGUUGAUUCUUCUUAUUAAAAGCAUUAAAAGAUGCUUUUUGUUCCAAAAGAAAAAACAAUUUUACUGUUUUAUUGCUUGGGGGCAUAUCACAUUUAUGACAGAAAUCUGUUAAUAAAUGGGAUGAAAACACAUGUACCUAAAAAAACCAGUGGGACUUGGUGGCUGAAAACAAGAAGAAGAAGGUUUAAAAUGCUCAGAUUCUAUAAUUUUAUUUAAAAACAGAAGGAUUAGAGACUGGAAGAGAAAGAACUGGUUUAUUCUCAGAAAUGCUUUCAAACUAAUGCCAGUGCUAAAAGCAGAGACGAGGGGAGUUUUAAGACCCUUGUGGUUAGUUCUGUUGAGGAGCAUAUGCAGGAAGCCCCAGAUCUGAUGCAAGGGUCCCUGUUGCAGCACUGUAUCAUAUAAUAGAUGGCAAUCAGGGGCCCCUGCAUCCAAAUUUUCAUGGACCAUUGUGACUAUAGUCUAAUCAGGGCUUCCAGCAUCCGAUUCCAGUGACUAUUUUGACUGUUAAUGAGGUUGUUGAUGGGGAAACCUGGUCUACCCUAACUCAAUGACAGGUACCUGAUUGGUCUAUGAAGGUAAGAAGCAGUGGAAGGAAACAAAUGGGCUCUUAUCUUUAACAUCCCCUGCUGUAAACACUGUGAACCACUUAUGUGCUCACUUCCCCUAUGGAUAUGAGAAUGUGGGACCUUUACCUAACUUAGAGUUACAGGAAUUAAUAUAGCAAAAAUAAUUGCCCCAAAAAGGUGAUAUUUGAUGACCCUCCCGUCAGUUUUUUGUGUGUUAAAUUCACCCUUUGAAAGCUCAGUUUGUUGAAACUUAGUUCUAAUAUAUUCAUCUUCAUGUUCUUGCAUGGGUGUACACUCUCUUAUACUCACACAGAUUUUUUUCAAACUAGUACUGAAAAUAGGCCAGUCGUGGACUAGUUUGAUGAAUAUCUUCUUUGAACUCUUUACAUGCAUCAACACAAAGUGUACUACAUGUCCUGCUUUUGGUCAGCUUGGGUUAACAUAAAUGGCUAUUUAUGGAAAGUUUGAUGUAUUGUAGAGAUUGAUUAAAGAAAUAGUUAUCUUGGCUUAGGUUAUUGAGCAUAAUAAAAAUUUGAUGAUACCUCAGUUCUCAGCCUACCUUCUAUUGACCCAUAGAUGUUUUGGGUGGAUGAUAAAUUGACUCAAGAUCAUUAAUCUGCUGUAAGUGAUGUGCACUAAGAGCUUUAGCCAUAAGACAUCUCUAGCACAAACACAUUAAUUACAAGUUAAAAUAAUCAAAAAGAUUUGCAUAAUUAUGUGUACAUGUGUGUUCAUUUUAAAUGGCUUUAUUUUUAAGAUGUUAUUAUCUGGAUCUUCGUGCACUUAUCUUUCCUCAAUCACCAGAAGCUCAAAAAAGUUUGUCGGAAUACUUCUUCAGUUUGGAGGAAAAACAUUUUUAUGGAGAGAGUGUCAGAGACAGUAUCCUCUUUCUUGAUCUGAGCCCUGAAUUUUUUUAAUAGUGCUGUGCUUAUUUUAUGUGUAACAUUAAAUUAGCAGCAGUUGAAAAGUAGCAAAUGUUUAACAAACCAUGUCUCCUUGGUCCCUGUGCAUUCCAAGUUGAUAUGCAACCUGUUUAAGCAAUGAAUGUUUUCUUGGUCAGUUAUUUUGACCACACUGCCAAUGCAUACUCCUUUCAUGCGAGUUCAUAGAGAGAUCAUUAGAGCAGGUACACUAUUUUGCACGUUUUAAUAAUUGAAGCUUGCAUGCUUUGUAACAGGUCCAGCUGUGAUUUUCAUGUUAAAAACCUUUCCUUGAUGUUUCAUGUGUUGAUGAAAUAAAACAAUAUAUUGCAUAAUGA